GACCACUGAAGGGUCGCAGUCGGCUCGAAAUUUCGGAGGUACCCGCGUCUCUAUUCCUCGUCCACCUCUUCGGCCAACACUUUCAAUCGUUCCAUUCGAUAACCAAUAGUUAUUGUUCCUGUUAUAACAGUGUUAUUAAUACGGACUAUAGUGAAGAAUUGAGAAAGUGAACGAGUGAGUGAAUACACGGUUGAGAUACGAAAUCGAACAUGGAAACAUUGUGGUUCUUGUUCUUCGUCUGGUGUACGACGAUGGUUACCAGCUUCGAUCUUGGACCAAUUAUCAGAAUUGCUCAGUGCAGAUCGCAGUGUUUAAGGAAGCAUACCACGGAUGGAGUUUGCGAUUGGUAUUCGGGUCAACAGCAAACUAGUUGCAGCAUGUGCUGGCAAUACUGCGAGGGCCUGGAGAAUCGAUGGGAGAAAACGAGAACCAUUUGCGAGGGCGACCAGUAUCUACAUUGUCCAGCAUGCCAAACGACCUGCAACUACCGGAAGACAAGGGUAGAAGAAAAGUACCUUCCGUCUAUGUUACCAGCACCCAAGAAGGCACCCAUAGAUCUGGACAGAUUCGACGUGGCAGUGGUGAUGCGUAAGGUGUACAAACAGUGGCGUGUGACCGGUUAUUAUUCGGGUGGGCACAAUCCAAACCUAAGACCGGACACUUGGAUCAUCGUCGCCAUGGAGGACGGUGUGAAGCACUACAGUUGGCAAGAGUGGGUGCCGAAGCUGGAAUCCCUGAAAGAAGGCCCAUUGUACGAGGCGACCAUCUCCUGGAAGGACGUCCAGACUCAGCUCCAGAAACAGAGAUCCCUGGAACAGGUCCGGUUCAACAACCGAGUCAGACAGUUCUUCCUGGAAAAAUACGGCGAGAAGGUGCUCGCCGAGUGGAGAAGCCAGGAGGAUUCUCAAAUAUCCGACGAGGUAUUCCGAAGGUUCUUCUUCAGAAGGAAGGACGAUCGCAAGGAGGAUUCUAUGGAAACUGACAACACACCGUCUACUAGCAAUGAUUACGAGAAAUUGGACAAGGAUCAAGGGAAUAGGGAGUCUUACGUGGUGUCCUGGGAGCCAGAGACUGGAGGUCUAAUGGGUAACCAAGUGGCCGACUCGAAUUCAGCCCAGAUUUCUUUGGUGCCCGGCACGAAAUACUUCGUCAGAAUCGCUUCAAACGACGGACCAGGUAGCUUCCCCAUCGAAGUGGACACCAGGCCUAAUUUCGUCCAGGCUAAGAGGAUAGAAAGGACCCUCGAGUACCUGUAUCCUUGGGACGUCUACGCUGCCUGCGGUUGUGCUGUACUUUCGCUGAUCAUCCUUGCACUGGCUAAAAUCUGCAUGAAGAAUAAAAAUGCUGAGGUUGAAGAAGUUUGAAGCUGAUUUUCACGAAUAAAAGGAUCACCUUAAAUAUCGAAACAAGGUCCCAUGGACUCUGUUAACAUAGUCUACUAUUAUGAAACAAUUGACAGUGGGAACAGAUGAUACAUAAACGUUUAGUUUUUAAUUGAAAAUGAUUUUAAAUUUAAAAGUGUUGUAUUAUAUGUGUAUGUAGAAGUAAGUACCGUGAGUCUCAGGAGAUUCACCCUUCUUUUAGGGUUAACACAUUGACUGCCUUUCGAACAUCUCAUAUUUUCUUUCCUUUUUUGGUUUCGAACAAAAUUGUUAAUAAAGUCGAUGUGUUAAUGAAUCGUCGAUGACAAUGACAAACUCAGGGACACGUUUGCCCUCAAGUGGCAAAUUUUAUCGUCGAAUGAAUAUUAAGAAGGAGACUGCUAGAUUAUUGCCAUUACUAGACUGCGAAUGUUUAUGCACUUAUAAAAUAAAUUCUUCCAAAAUCAUUGCAAAAAAAUAAUAUUUACAUGAACAUUCACGAUCUAGAUAUUACCAUUAUGUAUAACAGUUGAAUCAGUUACUUGGAUCAACAUAUUUGCAGAAUAAAAAUCGUUCAAGCGACCGAUUUAAUUUCACUUGACACUGUAAAUUUGAUGUUCGAUAGAUAAGAAAAUAGCCUGUAAAACGUGUAAAUGUGCUGGUGUAGUAUGUACAAAUCGUUGGAUGAUAUUUUUGUACGUAAUGGAUGGUUAACUGAAAAUCACUGCUUGCUCAACGCGCAACGAACAGACUGUUAAAAAGAGUUCCUAUAUCAUCAGAGAAAGUAGAACAGCGCUUUUCGAGGCGCUAACCUGUGUAUUUAUUUGUAAAUAGUAGUACGAAAGCUUGUACAUAGUUCUUAAAAUAUAAAUAAAUCACUUGUAAACAAGCAA